CACACUACCAUAGAUUGCCGGACUCUCCCGUUCACGUACAGAAAACGAGCCUCCAAUUGGGAGACAAGAGAGAGUAAAUUCGUUAGGCUGUGUGAGUGGGUCUAUCGGGAAAUCGCACACCAGUGCAGAUUUAUUCUCAAUGUAUCACACAAAUGGAUUGAGUGGGCUUGGGAAAUCGGAUGGGUAAAGUGUUUGCUCAGAAGACAGCAAACAGUUCAAUGGAAUGGAAUCCAACUUGAAAUCAGAUCACAAUAAUGGAAUAUCACAUCAUAAUUAUGGAUAUGAAUACGCAAUGUGCACUGUGCCAUCUCUGAAAAGGUUGUUUGUGAAAAACAAAGUGGAAUUCAUGGUCGAGGGGGAAGGAAGAUUGAGUUGGUGCAAGUGAGAACGAGAGGGAGAGAAGCCAUGUGCCAGUAAAUAGGUAGUGAAACAGAGAGAGGGGAAGUGAAAAGAUUGGGAAAUAAGAGCGAACCGGGUAAGAUCAGUGAUACGGCAACCAGAACUCAAUGCAAUCGACUAUUCAAAAGCCCGCGCACUGUUAUCGAUAUCGGUGGAGCAUGUGGGCUAUAUAAUGCGCUGCCGCCGCUGCAUUUCCAUUUAACGUUCAACCUCACACAUAGCAUUUUAAAGCUUCUUCUAUUAUGGGAAUGUUUACAAGCCAGAUCUGUGGUCUUAUCGAUUCCUACGGCGGUCGAGAUGUCCUGAUGGAGGCGCUGUGCCAAAGUGCCAAGUUGGUGGCAGGAUACCAAGCCAAGCGGAACCCAGACCUGGCCCAAAGGUGCGCCACCGUUAGCUCGAAAAUCUCGGCAGCCAGGUCCACUCUGCGGCUGAUCGACGACCUGCCCGUUAUCCAGUACACCCUGGAGUACGGCUUGGGCGACGAUGAGCCGGAUCGUAUAACGGCCGUACUGGGAGUGAUGUCCAACGCGGUGGACGUGCUCUUCUAUCCCAUCGAAACUAUCUGCUGGCUGGCCGAGCAUAAGGUUCUGGAUGUGAGAAACAAGGCUGUCUGGAGCUAUGUCAGCUCCAUAUUCAGUGUGCUCUCUGCGUAUCUGAGCCUUGUAAGGACAUUGCGGACUUUUUCCCAAAAUCAGGACAAGCUGAACCGCCAGGAUGCGGUGUCCCUCGCUCGCAUCUCUCUCGAUCUUGUCCACGCCGUCAGCAUUCUGCCUAGGGGUUACCUGUGGAGCGGCAAGCUGUCAACCCUCCAGUUGGGAGCCAUUGGAACACUCUCAGCGGGACUGGGAAUCUACCAGAUCUUGGCCAGCAGAAAACUGAACCACUAGAUGUGCCCACUAAUGUACUCGGAAUCGUAAAGUAGAAUAAAGAAGAAUUUAAAAACAGUCGACUACGUACUUUUUGGUACGCUAAUUUGGCUGGAGUAUUUUUAUACCGCCCUUAUAAGAAAUUGUUUAGUUAU